AUGGUGAGGAACUUUGGUAUCUCCAGAGUGUAUAGCUGCAAGUUCAACAAGUUGGAUCAAGGUGAUAUUGAUGUCACAUCAUGGAAAAAAAUUGGCCAAGUGCUAGCCGGUGGUUCAGCCUCAGACCACCAUCUUGUGAUGACCUAUUUUCAUUUAUUUGAUGGUGGUGAAGGACGUGGAAUGGGUAGGGGACGUGGACGUGGAAUGGGACGUGGGCGUGGAAGAGGACGUGGAGCACCUGGAGGCCCUGACAACCGCGGCAAACGUGAAUUUGACCGACAGAGUGGAAUGAUGACAACUGGAGUAAAGUCUGUGGACAAACGUGACGGCUCUGGAUCUUAUAACUGGGGAUCUGACAAAGACCAGAUUGAAGAGCAGCUUAAUGCUACACCUGCAGGAAAUUCUGAUCAUGAUUCUUCGACAGAGAACGUAGAAAAGCCUGCUGAUGACACCGGUGCUAAUGCUGAAGGCGAGGAACCUAAGGAAGAAGAGAGUGUGAAGGAAAUGACUCUUGAUGAAUGGAAAGCAAUGCAGGGUGCCCGUAAUAAGCCAUCUUUCAAUAUCCGACGCGCUGGUGAGGAGAAUCAGGCCCAGUGGAAGAAGACCUAUGUCCUGAAGAAAAAGGAAGUUGAGGUUGAAUCUGAUGAAGGAGAAUCUGAGGAGGAAGUGCAUCAUGGCCGCAGGAAAGUUCUGCUUGAUAUCGAUUUCCAGUUCUCGGACUCCCCAGCUAGGGGUCGUGGUCGAGGACGUGGACGUGGUGGUAUUGGCCGUGGCCGAGGUGGUGAGCGAAUGGAGCGUGGUGGCCGUGGAGGAGGCCGCGGCGAACGCCGUGGUGGAAGCCUCAACAGCCGUGGGGGACGAGGAAUGCCCCGCCAAGAGGCUCCGAAAAUGGAUGAUGAACGUGACUUCCCAAGCCUGGGAUAAGUCCAAAUGAGACACCGACUAGUGCUGCUCCUAAAAAUGAGCAAAUCUACAUUGGGUUUGUUCUUGCUAGUCUGGUAGCACUAGUUAAUUACGGGACCCUUACCUGAGCUGAGUUCAAGAGGUUAGGGAUCCCUAUGCGUAAGAGUUCUCCGUUGUUCCAAUCUCAUCAAGCAUCAUUCUCUUUAAAAAUGGCAAGUUUUCCUUCCCCAUCAAGAAUGCUGUGGUGGGAAAGUCAUAACAUGUGACUAGAUCUCUAAUGAACAUUUUAUUAUAUUGACGUUUGGUACAAAAAUUGACUAGUUCAAUUUUUUGUCACAAGAGCUGAAAGCUUUUAAUUCUUGUUAUUCCGAAGGGAAAAUCUGGAGAAAAUUGUUCUCUAAAAGAUUUUCUGCUAAGAAUUUCUUGUCAGUUCUCCCAAAAGCUUUUGUUGUACAUAUUGAUCAAUAACCGUCAAGGUGGUUGACGGGGUAGUGAUGGUUAUAUAAUGUGUACAUAUGUCUGAAGCCCAUAUUGUCUUUGGUUUUUUGUGUUGUACUAUGGCCGUCACUACCCUGGCGGAGGCUUGCCACGCUUUUUUGUACUUGAUAUUGAUUAACACAUAGACCAAUAAAAACAGAAAUUCUCUCAUUUUUUGUUUAAUUAAACUUGUAUUGUUUGAAUACUUAAGGGAUUAGGUUUUUGAAGUUGGCAAGGAAUAAGUACAUUAUAAUGAAAACCUUCCUGCAUCUCCUGUUGUUACAGGCACUAACUUAGAUGAAUUAUUUGCAUUAUUUGUUGGCAGAUCCAUAGUACAAAGUGGAAUGUGUGAUAGUAUAUAAUAUAUAUAUAUCACAUAUAUAUCUGAACAAAAAUUCAGAAACAAGCAUUGUUGAUUGUCCAGAUCACUACCAGGAUGCCUGUGAAUAAGUAAUCAUGAUGCAGUGUUUAACUGUAAUUAUACUGAGUUGGGUAGCUUUGGGCAAGGAAUCUUAUUUACUUUGAGAAUUAAAGGAUUCUGAUCUGUCUAGACAAAGCAAAAUAGAGUAGAGUUUUCCGUCCAUUUUCUUUCUUUUAUUUUUUUAUUUUUUUCUUUGCUUGUUUGGCUUCAGCUUGCUCCAUGCUACCCAAGUUUACUCUGUUGCUAGAUGAUGGCAUUGUAUAUUAAGAAUUGACAACAGUUACGGUCUUGGGCACAAUGAAUAUACUUAUGAAUAUACAUGAAGGUUCAAAAAUUCAAUAAAUGAUUUCAGUAAUUUUAUUAGUGUGCUUUAUACAUAAUAAAGAUUUGAAAUAUAAAGAAAUGACAUACAAAAUGGUUGAUAUUUUAUUGCGAAAUAAAAGUAAAAGAUUGAAACCAGGAUUAUGUCACCUAGAAGUUAACAAAUUUUGUUUCUAACAUUCUGACCAAUAAUAUAAAGUUAGAUGAUUUGAACCUUACAAGUUUAAUACUGUAUGCACACAGUUAUUGACAGGAUGAAGCUGCAGUUCUAUCUUCAUGCUGUGUUUCUUUAUUUGGGAACGCAAAAGAGAACCCUCUGAAAUUUGCCUUCAGUAUAAGGUCUUGCUAGUCUCAUUUCUAGGAAAUUGAAUACUAUUAUGAAACGUUGCAUUCAGUAUUUUGUUGAAUUGAGGUUGCAUUUGCAUAUUUUUUCCUCCCCCGUCAAUGAAAAGGCUAAAGACU